AAGCAAGUAAAAACUCUCCAUCUGUGUUUCCAAACUUAGCUAAUUAAAUCAUUAUCAGCAAUGGCGCCGCCGGAAACCACCCUUAAGGAGGAUCAGGCCGCCGACGACAAAGCUUCCAAACGCGGACUGGACCGCGAGGUCAGGCAGAUGGUGUCUGCACUAACCCACCGCCUCGCUGAUCUCCAACGCGGAGUUCUUAAUCACAAGCCCGGCGCAUCUGAUUCUGGCCACCGCCUGCAAGUCGACAAAGACGACGGUCGCGACAACCCUGAGGACGACGACCAAGGCGACGAUCACGGUAUCAGAAUCAUUACUCUCGCCGGAAGCAACACGGGAGCCGCCAUGCGAGGUGAGUACUCCAGCGACGAGCUCAAGUCCGAUAAAACUCGACUUCCCGGCCGCCAGAUGCACGACGGCGACGACGCCUUGAGUACGUACGUCAACAGCAAUUUCCAAGCCAUCAACAAUUCUAUCAUGCUGGGCGGCGACUACAGCACCAACGAUCCUGGCGUUCACUUGGACAUCUCCGACUACUUCGACGAUGAUCGCGGCCAUCCCCACAGCCCCAAGCAUUCCCGCGGCCAUGGCAAGAAAGCUAAGAGCAAAGACAAGGAAUCGUCUUCCUCGAAGACCGACAAAGACUUUGACCACCGUUCCGAUUAAGUUAUCAGGCUUUCCGGCGACAUAUGAUACCCCCACGCCCGACGACGCACAACUCAAAGGCACCUCGCCACCCAAGAUAAAUAAAAUAAAAUAAAGAAAAUGCUGGCUUUCCUGAUGAUUUUAUAAAUAUGUAUUUCAGACUGAAUUUGGUGUUUUUUUAUUUUUUGGUCUUAUGUAAUUCAUGUUUCGAAUUUAAGAACGAGUGCUUUUAUUA